AUGGCCACGGAAUCAUCCUCCAGCAAUCCCAUGCAACAGCAGGAUGCUGACACUUCUACUUCGAGUAGUGGUGGUGAUGACUACGAACUAAAGUUAGCCAAAGAGAUGGCCAUGGCAAUUGCCAAAAAUCCAAACUUGACGCCUGCGGAACUCAAGGAACUGCAACAGCAAACAAAGUCAACGACGUCUACUAGUAGCAAAAAGGAAGUCUUUCGAAAGGCCACCGUCAAGGCCACAGUCAAGGCCAAAUCCGUGGCGGUUACCAUUAAAAACACCUUGAGCAGUGGCGGAUCUUCCACUGGCUCGCACAAGAACAACCACAAGGAUAACACUCCCGCGAUUGAAUCGGCAUCCAGCAUGCCAGCCUUGGAUACCAAGGCAUCCACCGAUUCCGAAGAGGAGGAUGAUUCUGUCAUGUCGGAAUUGCCCAAAGCAAAGGGCAAGAACUCGCAGAUUCGACUCACCGGUAUCGUUUGGAAACGACGCAGCGGUUUGGGCAAGUACUCGUCGACGGCCGCCUGGGAACGUCGUCGGAUUGUGUUGAAAGGCAAUCGAUUGGCCUAUUACAAGAAUUUGGGUAAUCAUGCGAGCAAUGAAGAUUCAGACGAUACCUCGGUGGAAUCGGUGGAUCCGAGCACCAACCUGCCACCCGAUCAAUCCUUUAUAAAACAAACCACAUCGCAAACCCACAGUGCUCCUACGAGACCGUCGACCAAUUGGUUGGAGAAUAGUUUCAAACAAGCCUCGGAUUUGGCGGCCAACUUGGCGGCUGCGUCGACCAAUAUCAACGCCAACAUGGCCAACAUGACUCAUUCCAGCAGUAGCAACAAUCCGAACGAUGCCCGUGGUUAUUUGGAUUUGGUCAAGGAAAAUGCCAAUAUCAGUGCCAGUUUGGGUCACUCGGGGGCCCCCACACCCUUUUGCAUUUCGGUCAAGAUUUUGACCCAAACCAAAUGGAAAUUCUGUUUUGACUCCCAAGCAGAAAUGAUGCAAUGGUUGGCCGUUUUGACGGAUGUCAUUGUCAAGGCAUCUGUGGAUUCGUACAACAGCGCCAUUGUCCAAUCGAACGAUCCACGAUAUGCCAACGAGUCGCAUGGACAAUUGAGCGAACCUCCACUAAGGGCGAGCGAAAAGAAGAAACAGAUUACCGUCGGGGGCCAUCGGCUGUGGGCGACGGGGCAUUACAAGGUCAAGAGUGAAAACUUUCCGGAUUAUUUGGAUAAUAUCAGUGAAGGCGAACUAAAGGAUUACGAAGAAGACAUGGACGAUGACGAAAACUUGUAUCGGUCGCCGACCAGCAAUCCAAUGUCACUCAUGUUGGACCAAACAUCAGGAAUCCCUGUGUAUUGCGUGCCAGAGGACUUUUUGGUCCCAUUGAGUAUACUCGUCAACAUGGCCGUUUUAUUGUCAAGAGCUUCUGGAACCUCGGUCGAUGCCUUUUGGUACAUUUUUGCCUUUACCAACAUGGCCAUGUUUGUAUUUGUCAAGAAGGAUCGAAUCAAAAUGGAAGUCAAAAAGCCUGUCAUUACCAGCAAAAUGGCAAGAAGGCUUUCCAGUGUCAUGGGCAUGAAGAUUCUUCCCACGGUCCAAGACAAGCCCGAAACCAAAAAGUCCAAAAAGAAAAAGAGGCUGGACAAGAAGGAAAGUAGCUUAACCAGUGUUGCAAAAGAUUUCAAGCCUCUUGCUGGUACAUCUGCAAUGCAUAUCAACAACGUUGAAGAGCCCGCAGUUAAUGAUGUUGGUCAUGUAUUUGCUGGUUGGAUGCCAGGAAAGGCAGACGGGAUUCAAGUUCGAUCCCAUGGAUACAAGUCCACCAAGGCAAAGAUUCCCUCACCGGGAGAAUUGUACGAGUGCACGGGGAUGGAUAUUUUUGAAGGCUCAAAACGGUAUCCUGACAUGGCAUCUCGUGUCACGAUGCCCGAGGUUUCCUUCCCAGGCGAUCCACCCACCAAAACGUGGAAUGCUCCGGACCGUUUCAUCAUUUCGGUGUCGCUUCCAACCGAUCCACCCAAGUUGUAUGCCUCAUUAGAAGAUGGUGGUGGCUAUACCAUUACCAUGUACUAUACAAUGACUCAAGAAACAAGAGACAUUCUGAAACGUGUCACUGCGGAUGGAUACGACCCCAAUAGUGAAGCCACUCCCGGAAAUAUUCAGCAAUCCAAGGUGAAUGCCGUCCGAUUGUUUGAAGAAUGGUGCCGACUGGCGCCGACGGACAAUUCGUGGAUGUCGCGAAUGAAGGUUGUUCCAAUGGGACACAACUUGGAUGAAAUUGGUGUACCUGGAUGGAUCUCCAAGUACAACGGAAAACCGUUUUUGAUCAAGCGUCCAGGCCAGACUGGAUUCUUGUUUCGGCAUCCCGAGCAAUCUUGCAUGGAAUUUGACAUUUCACUGUACCCUUUCCCUUAUAUUGCCAAGCAAGGAAUUUGCUUCAUUAAGGAUUCCUACCUGAAGAAAAUUGUGGUCACUUUUGGAUUUGUCAUUGAGGGUCGAACUGACGAUGAAUUGCCCGAAUGCUUGAUCGGGCUUACAACCUUGUGCUACCCAGAUCCGGAUCAUUUGUUGAAGGGUGACGACUUCUUUUCAGGAACCUACCCACGAUCCUAUGAAUUGAAAGAAGGAGGUGGGGAGGCAACACCUGCAGAAGCAGGGGUGGAGAAGAAGUAA